CUGGCAUCCAAUUUAAAAAAAAAAAAUCUAUGGCGUACAACAAAAGAAACUCAAACAACGCAGUACAAAAAAAUCCACCCAACUGGACCGGUUGAGCUACCCGGAGGGCCAGUAUUUAUGCUUUCUUGCAGAAGGUUGUACAAAACAGCGUGUGGAUAUGAAAUCCUGAUUUGAAUGUAUCACUCACAGUUACUCUUCCUUUGUCGUUUCCGGUGAGAGAUCGAGAGUAGAAUUCUGGAAUGGGGAGUUACAGAGUGUGCAUAUUUUUCACAAGGAAGUUCCGGGUGAAGGAGGCGCAGCCGCCGGCGGACGUCAAGGAGGCGUUCAACAAGUAUGCGGAGCAAGGGACCCACAUGAGCGCGGAGCAGCUGCGGCGGUUCCUGGUGGAGGAGCAAGGACAAACGGAUGCCACAGCCGCCGACGCUGAAGAAAUUGUGCAUAAAAUCCUCCAAAAACACCACCUAAUCUCCAAGUUAACUCGCCGCACUCUCACUCUGGACGAUUUUCACCAUUUCCUCUUCAACGCUGAACUCAACCCCCCUAUCAUUUCUAAGGUUCAUCAAGAUAUGAACGCUCCUUUAUCCCAUUAUUAUAUAUUCACUGGGCAUAAUUCUUACUUGACUGGAAAUCAACUGACGAGUGAUUGCAGCGAUGUUCCAAUAAUUAAGGCACUAAAAAGAGGUGUAAGGGUCAUCGAACUGGAUAUAUGGCCCAACUCAGCAAAGGAUGAUGUCAAUGUUCUUCAUGGAAGGACAGUGACAACCCCUGUGGAACUUAUAAGAUGCCUCAAGUCAAUAAAGGAGAAUGCCUUUAUUGCAUCUCCCUACCCGGUUGUAAUAACCCUGGAAGAUCACCUUACCCCUUCUCUUCAAGCUAAAGUAGCUGAUAUGCUUACACAAACAUUUGGAGAUAUGCUAUACACAACCAAAUCAGAAUUUUUAAAGGAGCUCCCUUCUCCUGAAGAACUUAAACAUCGUAUUAUCAUUUCAACGAAACCUCCAAAGGAAUACCUCGAGUCCAAGUCGUCUAACAAAGAAAAGCCAGAUGAUUCACUUAGCAGGCAUGAUUCUGAUGAUCCUUGGGGUGCUGAGCCUGCAACCUUAACAGCUGAUCAAGAUGCCGACAAGGGUGAAUUUAUUUCAUCCAAGCACAAUCAAGAAUGUGAAGAUGAUGAGGAAGAUGAUGACUUUGAUCAAAAAGCAAUUUCAUACAAGAACUUGAUUGCUAUACAUGCUGGGAAGCCCAAAGGAGGGAUAAACGAGGCACUGAAAGUUGAACCUGAUAAAGUGAGACGCCUCAGUCUAAGUGAGCAAGCCCUUGAAAAGGCUGCUGAAUCUCAUGGAACAGACAUUGUCAGGUUUACUCAGAGAAAUAUUCUUAGGGUGUAUCCUAAAGGUACUAGGUUUACUUCCUCCAAUUAUAAACCUCUAAUUGGUUGGAUGCAUGGUGCUCAAAUGGUUGCAUUUAACAUGCAGGGAUAUGGGAGGUCACUGUGGUCAAUGCAAGGGAUGUUCAGAUCAAAUGGAGGGUGUGGUUAUGUCAAGAAGCCGGAUUUCUUAGUGAAGCAGAUUUUUGAUCCCAAAGAAAAAUUAGCUGUAAAGAAAACUUUAAAAGUAAAAGUAUAUAUGGGAGAUGGAUGGCACUUGGACUUUAAACAAACUCACUUUGAUUUAUAUUCUCCACCAGACUUCUACACGAGGGUUGGGAUUGCUGGAGUGCCAGCUGACACAGUGAUGAAGAGUACAAAGAAAAAGGAGGAUAACUGGACCCCUGUCUGGGAAGAAGAGUUUACUUUCCCAUUGACUGUACCAGAGCUUGCUUUGCUAAGAAUCGAGGUGUUAGAACAUGACAUGUCUGAGAAGGAUGAUUUUGCUGGACAAACAUGCAUUCCUAUCUCAGAGUUGAGAUCAGGCAUUCGUGCGGUUCGCCUAUUUGACCGCAAAGGAGAUAGCUACAAUUCUGUAAGGCUUCUAAUGCGCUUCCACUUUGUUUAAGCUUGUACUUCACUCCAGAUUGUUUUUGUAGAUAUAUGUAAGUGUGUGUCUGUGUCUGUGGUGAGUUCUUCCACGGUAUAUUCCAAGCCUUGUCCAUGGAUUGAUAUAUUGAGUGUUCGUUUGUGUACAACUUGUAAUAAUAAUCCUAAAGUGUGCAGGAAUGAAAACUGGACUGUGUAUUAGGAAGAACAAAAGUUGAAUAUCAUCUAAACUUUUGUCUCUUCAAAUAAUGAAUGUUCGAUAUCCUUUUUUGCUAUCAAAGUUUCACGGUUUGUUUGGCUAAAA